CCUCUGUUCUAACACCGUUUUGAGACUCGGCUCAAAAGAAAGCUGUCUCUGGUGUGGACCAAACAGUUUCAAGGACAAUGCUUAUAUUAUGAGAGGUUUUUCUGUUUGCAUACUGACCACAAGCAUUGUGGUUAAUGCAGACAUGAUUCCUUGUAAAAGGGUUUCAGUUUGGUGUUUUAACAUCUCAACACCUGUUUUGUUGCCAGAAGAAAAGGGAAAACCUAUUCUCAUAGGAUUGUAUACACAGUAAUGACAUUGUAUAAUUAAGUCUGCACCAAGCUCUGUUAAGCAUAUUGUUUGGAUGCCAAUGAAACUGUAUUCCAGUUGGAUUGGUGGCUCAUUCUUGUUAACAUUUUCUUAACGUGCAUCACAUUAGUCAAAGCACAUCGUCUUCACACGUUUCCCCAAAGCAUUUCCUCGUGCGGGAAAAAAAAACUGCUCACAUCGUGGUUUCGAUAUACACUACUACUUAAAUUAAUGUAAAAAGGUGCGUGACGUCCAGUUCUCAUUUUAUUUCAUUCCAACGCGCACAUUACACGUGCACGCACUGAACGUAUUUUGACACACACACUAGUUCUGUCACAACCGAUGAGAGAUGAUUCGCUGAUGUGACGCCUUUUGGAGAACGAACCAAUCCACUCUUUAGCCGCCGGUGGUGAAAGGUCACCAGGAAGACAUUAGCAUAAAAAAGUGGACAUUGAGCACUGGCUGCUGUAGUUUUGGGACGAGCUUCUUUGGGCAUGGCAGGGUUGUCGCUGCCCCUACAUGCGACUGAGAAGGCAUGGAGAUGGUGGCCGUCGGGAAUGGCUGCACGGAGUCGCCUCGUGGGGAUGGAGGCACGUGCGUGCGCAUACGUCUGCAAGUACGGGAGCAGGCCCCCUUCAAUCCAAAGGUGGCACUGGCCAAGACGGUGGCCAACAACUGCUGCUGCUCCCCCCAUGAACUCAAAUCCUUCUUCCUGAACCUGUUUCCCGUACUGCGCUGGCUGCCAAAGUACAAGGUACGCGAAUGGAUACUGGGCGACUUCAUGUCGGGGCUCAUCGUGGGCAUCCUACUGGUGCCCCAAUGCAUCGCGUACUCGCUGCUGGCUGGACAGGAUCCCAUCUAUGGACUCUACACGUCCUUCUUCGCCUGCAUCAUCUACUUCCUCAUGGGCACCUCCAAACACAUAUCCGUGGGCAUCUUCGGGGUGCUGUGUCUCAUGAUUGGCCAGGUGGUGGACCGAGAGCUGCAGGUGGCUGGUUUUGCCGAAGAGGGCAUUAAAGGGCACGAUCACGUCGUCAACAACAGCAUGAAUUUCUCCAACAGCGAUGAAGAAAAUGGCUUCACAGUGAUGAUCGGGGGGCUCCCCUGUGGCCGGAGCUGCUUUGCUAUUGCUGUUGGCACCACGGUCACGUUCAUGGCCGGAGUUUACCAGGUCGUCAUGGGAAUUUUCCAGAUGGGGUUCGUCUCCAUUUACCUGUCGGAGCCCAUGCUGAGUGGGUUCGUCACCGGCUCGUCCUUAACUGUCCUCACGUCGCAGAUGAAGUACCUGCUGGGCAUCCACAUCCCGCGCGCCAGCGGCGCCGGCGCCCUUCUCAAGACCUGGUACCACAUCUUCAGCCAGAUCAGCAACACCAAUGUGUGCGACGUGGUCACCAGCAUCAUCUGCAUCCUGGUGCUCGUGCCCGCCAAGGAGCUCAAUGAACACUUCAAGGCACGCCUGAAGGCCCCCUUCCCCAUCGAGCUGGUGGUGGUGGUGGCAGCCACGCUGGCGUCGCACUUUGGUGGCUUCAAGGAAAAUUACAGUUCGAGCAUCGCGGGCCACAUCCCCACUGGGUUCUUGCCUCCUCGUGCCCCCGAGUGGACACUGAUCCCGCGCAUCGCCGCCGACGCCGUCCCCAUCGCCAUCAUCGGCUUCGCCAUCACCGUCUCGCUGUCCGAGAUGUUCGCCAAGAAACACGGCUACACCGUCCGUGCCAACCAGGAGAUGAUCGCAAUCGGAUUCUGCAACAUCGUGCCCGCCUUCUUCUACAGCUUCACCACGAGUGCUGCGCUGGCCAAGACCCUGGUCAAGGAGGCCACGGGCUGCCAGACACAGAUGUCUGCCGUCGUCACGGCCGGUGUCCUCCUCCUCGUGCUUCUACUCAUCGCCCCGCUCUUCUACUCGUUGCAGAAGUGCGUGCUCGGUGUCAUCACCAUCGUCAACCUCCGCGGGGCGUUCCGUAAGUUCCUGGAUAUACCGCGGAUGUGGCAGGAGAGCAGGGUGGACACGUCCAUUUGGUUCGUGACGAUGCUCGCGUCGGCGCUGAUCAGCACGGAGAUCGGGCUGCUGGUGGGCGUCUGCGUGUCGCUGCUCGUGUUCAUCGUGCGCACGCAGAGGCCGCGAGCGGCGCUGUACGGGUGCGUGCACGACACCAACAAUUUUUACGCCGACCUAGAGGCGUACAGCAAUGUGGCGGAGGUUCCCGGCGUGCGCGUGUUUCACUUUGACGCGCCACUCUAUUAUGCCAAUAAGGAAUAUUUCAAGUCGCAGCUCUUUCUGAAGACCCGAGUCAAUCCCGCGCUGGAAGUGGCAGCACAGAAAAAACGACAGGAAAAGCUGCAAAAGCGGAAGAAGCUUUCGGGCAGUGACAACGGAGAGAUCGUGAACAAGCAGGCAAUGUUAGAGUUCAAUAAACUUCUGCCGACAUUUGACUUUCACACAAUAGUCAUUGAUUGCUCAGCAAUGCAGUUCAUGGACUCAGUGGGUGUAGGAGCAGUUAAAUCCAUUAUGAAGGACUAUCAGAGUAUUGGCAUCAGGGUUAUCCUGGCAUGCUGCAACCCAACGGUUAUGGACUCCCUCCAUCGGGGAAAGUGCAUUUCCACCAUCGAAGACAACCUGACCUUCUGCUUAAUCCACGAUGCGGUGUUGUACGCAGAGGCUGAAGAAAGGAAAAGUCACCACGACAACAACGUAGCGAUCGAUGGGUUGGAAGGCAAUCGGGAGGUGGGGGCCUCUGAAGUUUAGGAGGCAAUCAAACGAGACGUUCUUAAAUGAUUGCUGACUGGCACAUGCACAGCCUUAUAUGAUUGGCUACAUUUACUGCAUUUUUGAGUUCUUCAAAACAUGCGUUAACAAUACCAUACGAGGUAUAUGAAUGCAAUGUACAGUAAAUGUAGAGUGCCAUAGAUGAUGCCAGUUUAUGACUAACUUCACAAACACAGCAACUACAAACUUAGCAUUUGAUUGAAAUUAAAACCAAUCAACUGCACUAAUAUUCUGAUCAAACACAAGCACUUGGAAGUGAAAUCUAUUUUUGAAAAGAAAAAAAUGUUGCACAGCUUAAUGUACUGUAAAUACUCGGCUUUAUAUGAGUAUUGUCUUCUUGAGAUGGGAGGAAAGAUGCUUUGCUCAUGAAAAACCAAAGCACUUCUAUCCAUGAGCAUUUGACUAUAUAUAUAAGUCAAGAUUAGGCUUUGUCCUAAGUUAAUUCAACUGUUUGUAGCAAAUAUGGUAAUACAUGCUAAUUUUAGUCUCCAUUUUUAUAUAUACACACAGGAAUAUAUUUUAAAAAGAGUACAAAAAAUACUUUAAAGCACAGUAGUCGCGUAUAUUCUAGCUAGGAGCUAGUUUUGAGUAGCCUUAACAGUCGUGAGUGUACAAGUACAGUAAAUGGUUUGCUUUACUGGGUUCAAUCUAACAUUACCACGUGAAGGAAACACCAACAAGUCUAAACCUUCGACAUAGAAUAUCAGGGACUAAUUACUGUACGGUUUAUGCAAAUAGCAUGAAAUAAUGAAGCAAAUAUUACUCUACUGCAGUUGUUUAUGCAGUGCUUAUCUGUCUUGGGCCCAAUAAACCCUUGGGAGAUUGUUUUUUUUUAGAUACCAAGCUAUCCAAAGUUUGUCAUACACAUACAGUAGUUACUUGCUGCGUUAAACUACUGCUUUUAUUGAGACUGUCUAAAAAAACAUUAAAGCUUGGACUAUUAGUCCUUCACAUACUGUGCCUUAAACCGCUGCUAGAAAUGAAACACUCGCGUGCCACAACAUUAACCAUGUUUUCAGGCCAAGAUCUCAUUGUCAUAUCUGGUUAUGGUCCAUGAGCAGAUAUCGUGAUACAGCAGAAGACGUCUGAGAGCAACUGAGGUGAUCGUCUAUUUGUCCAUCAUAAAUCACGGUGUUCCCCAUCAUAAAUCAUGAUGUUACCUGAUAGAAUGGACGGGUUUUUUUUUAUUAAACUCGGAUCACGCGAGGAUUGUGUCCUCACGGCUAUUUGAAAGGUAACCGAUCAGUACGGCGAAGAAGCUUGCAAUAACAGAUAAAUGUUGUCUGCAGGCUGUUGCGAAGUGGUAGGGCCUCAUCUGUCCAAGGGCUGUAUGCAAUGACGUCCUGGGCCGUAUGUUCCCCACCCGUGUGGCAUAUACCUACAACAAGCCUUACAUGUGCGAAGCGACAUUACAUGUAAUAUUUCUGUUAUUUUAUUUCAUUGUAUAUAUGCAGAACUGUACUGUGAUGCUGUGCAGUGGCUGGGUGGUCUAUGUGUUUGAGCGCGUUAUGGGAAAAGUAUUCAUGAUAUUUUAAUGUUUUAUAGUGGAUAUAUCUCAAAAAGGAGAUAUAGCUCAAAAUGAUAUAUCUCAAAAAGGAGAUGUUGGUGUCACGGCCAAAUAAAACGUCCGCAAUGAAAAUUAGGCAUGUGAAUAAACAUGCUAGAGGGCCUCAUUUUUAAUCAAAUGUAUGCACUUUUAAGCUUGAGAUUUCCCACGUGAUGAUGUAAUGUUUUAAAUUAAUAAAAACGUAGAAAAGUACCUUUGCACAAAAUGCAUGUAUUUUACAUGUAAAGCCCAUUUGUCAAUACACUGCUGGAUGAGGACCUCCCCAUGCCAUGUCAGUCAUGGGAGAGAUUUGACCACACUUUGCAACGUUGGUCACUGUGGGUUUCUGAUGGUAGAGAGCAUAGACAAACAGUACAACAAGGGAUUGUGUGAAAAUUACCCUGUGCGCACCACAACAUAGCCCCACAAGCCUGUGAACAUCUGUUUUAUGUACGGUGGUUGCCCAUUCAAUAAUUAUUCAGGCUCAAGCCUGCUUAGAUUUGCAGAUCUAAUGAUAGCAGGCACAUUCUGGGGGGUGUGGUCAUAGGAACUUUGCACAAUAUAUAUGUAGUAGUUUACUCUAGGGGGAAUUUUUUAUAAUGUAUUGAUCUUUAAUGAUUAUAAAUUUAUAAUUGUAUGUUUGACUAAACCAGCAGAGAUGACAAUGCAGGCGUGUUUUAUUAAUUCCCAAAGUUAUUACUAAAAGCAUACCAUCUCGGGUACUAUCCCCUUAUACUGUGCCUUUUAUUGAUGCUACUGUGACGUAAUGGUUAGCAGCCUGGACUUGCAAGCUAGAGUUCGCCUGGUUGGAUAUCUUGGCGUGGCAGCUAAAACAAUGGGCACCUCUAUCCACCCAGCAGUAUAAAUGGGUACACCACAGUUCGUCAAUAGGCAGAGUGUAUGUGGUGGGGUAAAGUGUGGGGAAUUCCACCUCUUGCAAGAUGUUUGGCCAUCAUGGCAGAGUAAAGCCAAAUGCCUUCCAGAGGGCUCCCUCUCAUGAAAGCCCUUCUGCCACCAGUGGGGUGAGCAAGAUAUUGCAGUGCUGCACCUUGACCUUUUCUGACCCCUCUUACUCAGCAGGCUGAUACACUUUUGCAAUACACUUGCAUUAUAUACAUUAUAUACUGUAAAGUGGACAAUGUGUUGAAUGUUUAUGUGUGCUUUCACUCAGUUUUCUGGGUUAAAUGUAUCUUGCAGUGUCUGUGUGGAAUUAUCAGGUAAAAAGUAUAUGCCUCAAUACCCUGCCAAAUUAGGGUCAUUACUAACUUGAUUUAAUGGUGAUUAUGGAUGGCGUUGGUUUGUGUAAACUGGGAAGUUUCAUUCUAUUAUUCACCUACGUUGAAAAUGGUUAAAUUAACUUAUACAUUUUGCGUAUGUUAAAUUAUUCAGCAUAGGUAGAAAUAUAUACAGACAUGUUUCAGGAUUGGUAACAAUUGUGCCCUCUCUAUAUUCUGUGAAACAUAUAUAUGUUCUGAUUAAAAAUAUAUAUCUGCC